AUGAGGGCCGCGGUGAUCAUGCACGUGAACUGUGUUACCACGGUGCUGGCGGCGCUAACGCUGCGAACGGUGGCCGAACCCACGCCGCGCCACUACUCCACCGAGUGGCGCGGCAGCCGUGAUAUGCAAGUACACUCACGGCCACUGCAAGAAAUAUUUGAAGAGUCAGCGCCGACUGAAAUAGAUCGUACGUACAUACCGCACCAACCUGUGCACAAGGACCGACGUCGAAUGCGAAACAAUAAACGAGCACCUCACUUACCUACUGAGCUCGCGAGCCAAAUGAUGUUACGUGCGUCACGUUCUGGUCGACCUUAUGAUGUACCACAAAUAGAGUGUCCUCCGGCGGCUGACGGUAUGGAGCGAUUUGCGUGUCCGACUACGGACAGGCAGGGCCGCUACCGCUGCAUCGACGACCAUGUACUCUGCGACGGUUUCAUCGAUUGUCCUAACGGCGAAGAUGAGGACCGACAGGCUUGCAUGUUUUAUAAAACGACAAAGGCCCACCUGGAUGUCUUGGCCGACGCACUUCUGCGCUGGGCGCGCGGUCGCUAG